GUCUACGACGUCGCGUCGGAGCGGACGAACUACGUCAUGGCCGCGGAGCGCUUCACGGUGCUCAUCGACCACAGCGUGCUCGCGACGUCGAUCAGGCACCUCCAGGGCACGAGCUCGGCGCUGUCGGGGCGGCUCUACGUGAAGAAGAGCCACGCGCUCUGCGAGGAGUACGGCGGGUCCGUGACGAUGCGCGGCCUCGUCGAGACGAAGACGGCGCCGUGCUACAUCCGGCCGAACACGACGUCGCGGGGCCUCGACUUCUUCAGCCUCGACGUGCUGCUCCGCGCCGACGACGUCUCGCUCGACGACGUCAGCUACGACGGCAAGACGUACCGCGAGACGGGCGCGUCGCUCAUCUUCGAGAUCACGUACCAGAACUUCCGGGGCUGGCCGGGCGUCGGCGAGAUCUUCUACUCCUACACGCCCAUGGUCGUCCGGGGCAGCUCCUACAAGUACUACGACGCGAUCUACGCCGAGUACCGCGAGCGGCGCCACCUCCUGAACCAGCACGGCAUCUACGUCGAGGCGGUCCAGGGCGGCGAGCUGCGCGGGCGAGGGUUUAGUUUCAACAACCUCCUCAUCCAGCUCACGACGUCGCUGACGCUCUUCGCGACGGCGACGGUGCUGACGGACUUCCUGGCCAUUUACGUGCUCCCGGACCGGAACCACUACAACGACUACAAGUACGAGGUCACGCCCGACUUCUCCGACAUGCGCCACGAGCUCGAGGAGCGCGAGCGCGGCCUCCUCGCGGGCCAGAUCCAGGCGUCGGACCUGUACCGGCCGCCCGACGACCCGGACGCGGCGCCCGACCCCGCGCGGCGCAGCGCGGACGGCGCCAUCACGGACUGGCACGACGAGGCGUAA